GUGGGGACGGUGGGACAGUGAGAGAUGGGGACACGGAGACAGCACGGUUUGGGACAUGGGGUCAGUGGGAUUUGGGGAUGGUGGGAUUUGGGGACGCGGAGACGGCAGAACUCGGAGACGCGGUGACAUCAGGAUCCGGGACACGGCCACAGCGCCGCUCCCCCCCCGUCCGUCCCCAUCUCCCCAGGCCUGGCGGUUCCCCUCAGCCCCACUCCAUCCCAUCCCAUCCCUUUGGCCGUGGGGCACCAUGAACGUGCUGGCCCCGGUGCGCCGGGACAGAGUGGUGGCCGAUCUGCCACAGUGCUUUCGGAAGGAGGCCGCCCUGCACACCCGGCCCGAAUUCCACUCCAGUGUGACCGGCGCCUGCCAGGAGCAGCGGACGGGCACUGUGGGCUUCAAGAUCUCCAAGAUCAUCGUGGUGGGGGACCUGGCGGUGGGGAAGACCUGCCUCAUCAACCGUUUUUGCAAGGACACCUUUGACAAGAACUACAAGGCGACCAUCGGGGUGGACUUUGAGAUGGAGCGCUUUGAGGUGCUGGGGGUGCCCUUCAGCCUGCAGCUGUGGGACACGGCCGGGCAGGAGCGCUUUAAGUGCAUCGCCUCCACCUACUACCGGGGAGCUCAAGGUGAGACCCCCCCCCAUAUCCCCACCAACCAUCCCCACAUCCCCUCCGACCACCUCCAUCCUCACUUCAUCGCCCCAACAGCCAUCGUCAUCGUCUUUGAUGUCAAUGAUGUGGCAUCCCUGGACCACACACGGCAGUGGUUGGCAGACGCCUUGAAGGAGAACGACCCCUCCAACGUCAUCCUCUUCCUGGUGGGCUCCAAGAAGGACCUGAGUACACCGGCGCAGUACAGCCGGAUGGAGAAGGACGCGCUCAGGGUGGCCCAGGAGAUGCAGGCAGAGUUCUGGGCUGUGUCCUCGCUCACAGGAGAGAACGUGAGGGAUUUCUUCUUCCGUGUGGCAGCACUGACCUUUGAGAGCAGUGUGCUGGCAGAGCUGGAGCGCGGCAGUGCCCGCCGGAUCGGCGAUGCUGUGCGCAUCGGCAGCACCGAGAGCGACCUGUACCUGUCAGCACCCCGCAAGAAGCCCAAAUGCUGCCAGUGAGCCCCACGGCACCCCACAUCUCUGUACCAAAGAGCAGCGGCCCCAGCAGGUGGGGGCACCCCGUAGCUAUGCAAACCCCCCCCCCAGAAGGGACACCCCCAGCCUUCAUUGUAAUAAAAUGGGUUUUUUUAUGCUUUUUAA